AUAAACAUACAUACAGCUCAUAAACAUACAUUAGGCUAUACCAAUAUUGAUUAGUUUGGGAUUGUCGGGCACAGAACUCAUUUCCUUAAAGCUGCAGGAGGGUUUAUGAUUAAAUAACAGAAGGCAUUGGUAAACUAGAGUCAAGAAUUCCGUUCAAUGUAAUGCAUUGAGCUAUAUGAUGCAUGAAUCCAUUCUGCUAUCCUGCAAUUAGCCUAGCUACCCUGCUAAAUAUUUAUUUGACUAAGUUGUAGCAGUACCUGUAUUUUGAAAACUUUUGACUAAGUUGUGCAAGGGUUUAUCAUAAUGGAGCCUGGAGAGUCUCAACAGACAAGCCUCUCGAGACUGCAGCUUCUUAAAACCAGAGGAACGAUCUCGCUUACGAAAUACAAUCACACAGCCAUCACAUCUGUUAGAUUCAAUUCUGAAUUCACCUCCAAAUGUCAACCACAUCUUGAAUGAAGGAGAUUAUCAAAGCCCAGUGGUAGGGAAUAGAUUCAAGUGUGUCGAAGUUGAUGUGACUACCACUUUCUUAGCGAUGGCAGAUAAGGACCUAAUAACCGAUGACCAGAGACUGGAAGUGUCCCCUGGCUCUUUGCUCUCAGUCCAGAGUGGUGCUCUGGAUCCCCUUGUAGAAUAUCAGGCAGUGCUACAGGAUGGCACUCUCUCACUGGUCCCCCUCGACAGUCACGCUACUGGAGAGGGGGUGGUUCAGCCGUACCCUCGCUCCCCAAAGCUGCUCCGCAAGGUGGCUGCAUCCAGACAUCUCUCUGAGGAGCAGCUGUCUAGACGCCUGGAGGAACUGCAGUCAGAAAGAACCAGAACUAAGGCCCACAUUCAAUCUCUGAAGAAACGCAAGGCUGAUCUCUCUAGGAGCACAGAGGUGAUGAAGCACCAGGUGAGGGAGAGGGUCGAGGGCAUGAGGGCCGCCCUGCAGAGAGACCAGCAGGCCAUGAUGGACUCUCUGGAGCUGGACCGCAUAGAGACCAGCGCCAGACUAGACCAUGUCCUGAAGGGCUGGGACCAACACCUAGGACAGGUCCAGAAGAGCAUCACCACUACCCAGAAAUCCCUGGGGCAGACUUGGACAGGGGGCGAUAAACAGAAUCUUCCUGACAAUCUCAGCCAUAAGAAGCCAGAUGCUUCCGAAGCAGAGAUCCGGCUGAACGAAGAGAGGUUUGAGAAGCUUCUGAAAACCCUACGCUCCUUCUACAAGGACCUGAAGGCCCAGCUUCACAGGAAGACACUGUUGCUGGAUUCUUUCCCAGUGAUGAUGGACAGGCAGACCUGCCAUAGCAAGAUCACAGUGACGGGAGAAGGGCGAGGCAUGUGCUUCUCUGACUUCGCCCAGUCUUCUCCAGAGCACCCUCUCCAGUUCGACAAGGUCUGCUGUGCCCUGGGCUCUGUCGCCGUGACAACGGGCCAACGCUACUGGGAGGCCGACGUCCGCUGCUGCUCCGCCUGGGCUGUGGGCGUGGCCUACGGCUGCCUGGACAGGAAGGGGCGCGACAAAAGCGCCAAGCUGGGGCGGAACAGAAACUCGUGGUGUGUGGAGCUCAGGCAUGGCCGUCUCUCCGCCUGGCACAACGACAGGCACGUGUCGUGCUCCGCAAGCGGGCGAGGGGUGCCAGGCAGGGUGGGCGUGUGGGUGCACUACGAGAAGGGAAAGCUGGCGUUCUACGAUGCCGAGACUAUGAAGGUCCUGCAGGAGUUCUCUGCAGCCCUGACGACCGUGUUUGAUAGGGUGCAUCAUCAGUUCACUGAGCCCCUGUACCCUGCGUUCUGCUUCCUAAGACCAUCAGAGGGACAGGUGUGGCCCAGCCAUAUGGAGAUACGGGACAUCAACACUCCCAUAGCGAUCCAUAAAUGUCAAUAAGCAUUGUUCGAUACGCACAGUCAUGUACUGUUCAAAGUGUGUGCUCUACUCUCAACUCAUUUCUAUGCUGGUUUUGUUCACUCAUAACAAAUAUUCAUCUGCACAAUGCAUUGUGUGACCUUGUCAAAUAAAACUGACCUGAAGUUUA